CAUCUGUAUCUUCUGAUCCUGUACAUCAUGUUGCUAAUCUAGAGAACAAUUUGUCCUGUUCAAAUCAAAUUUAACAUCUGUGAAUUGAGUUACAUUGCUAGUUUUUAAGAUUGCCCAACAUUUCUCAGUGCGGCUGUAAAAAUGCUGUAAAGAUACACAGAAAAUGUUAAAUUCAUAUUAUGAGAGAGGUACUUUACCCAUUACAGUGUUUUCUUUUCAGAUGACCUAGCAUCUAAUGUUACUUGUAGGUCACACUACAGUUGACUUGUAGCACGAAGUGUGUACUGUAUAAUAUGUUAAACCUUUACCACACUGGCACCCACAUUUUUCAUUCUCCUCUUUUUAUUCAGAUCAUCAGAUUAACAGAUUGGCUAAUCCAUUUAGUAUUGCAGUCUCACAGUAGCUAUCAAAUGACACUUUAAUUCAAAUCAAUAAAACACUGCAUACAGCAGACAGUAUUUUGGGGCAAUCUCUCUCUGUGGCACAUAUUCUAAGUAUCUUUUAUUUAUGAGUGGAAACCCACACUUCAUGAAUCAUGACUAAUUGUAGCGUUGUUCUCCUUAGUGUUGUUUUGAAUUUAAGCAAAAGUCUAAACAUAAUUUUGCAGUGUCUCUGUUGAGCUUUGGGCAUUUCAUUACCUAACAUCCCCUGAAAUUCCAGACUUCAGCUUGUUAAUAUGUACUUUCUCAGAACAGCUUAGUAGCUUAUUAUCAACAUACUAAAUUUCAGACUUUAGGUACAGCUGAUUUGCUCUUUUAGAACUGUCAUAUGCAUAACCAUCACAUUGUUCAUGCUAUUGUAGUUCCAGAAGUGAAAUGUCCUACUAGUUUCUGUUUGUGGUAAUUAAAAAAAAAAAAAAAAAAAAAAAGAAGUGUCUUAUAUACUCAAUGGUGUGUGAUUGUACUUUGCUAAUGAAGAGGUUUCACAGUGAAUUAACCUCCUUGGAGUUCAAUUUCUCCCUCAUUGAUGUCAACGAUUCAGAGAAGGAAGUUUGCUGUCUACAUUCAUCUGCCCCAUGAUCAGAGAGUCUCUCUCUCUCUCUCUCUCUCUCUCUCUCUCUCUCUCUCUCUCUCUCUCUCUCUCUCUGUCUCUCUCUGUCUCUCUCCCCCUUAUGGAGAUCUAGUCAUGCCGAGAAUGUUACCCAUUCAGCAGCUCUACCCUCUGUCACAUCUCACCAAACCUUUUCAGUGUCAACAGCUGGUAAACAGUUCCAGUUGUCUUUCAUUGUAGAGGCUGCUGGGGAUCUGGAGGCUGUCUCAGCUGCUGGACUCCCUUGUGACUAGCACAACACACACAUUCAAGCGCAAUACCUCCCAAGGCAGAGAGGAGAGGAAACGUUCAACUUCGUCACCAGUGUGAAAAACUGAGAGCUGCUCAAUGGAGCUGUUGAUACUGCUGCUGCAAAAUCAAGACUGUGGUGUUCUUUGAUCACGUGUGUUUUUUUCAUUCUGCCUCCUUGCAAAUUGGAUUUCUUGAAGAACACUUUUUUUUUCCUUGCCAUGAGCAACAGAAUUCAGGAGCUGUAGGGAUACAGAAGGAAUAUUCCAGCUGACAUUCCGAGAGAGAGAGAGCUUGCAGUUCUAACCGUCAGAAUGAGCAUUGUUCUGAAGGCUAGGUCUCGGUCCACCAGCUCCUUGAGGAAUACAGAUGUGCUUAGUUUCGAUGUCGACAAUGGCACAUCAUCGGGACGGAGUCCCUUGGAUCCCUUGGCAAGUCCUGGAUCAGGGCUCAUCCUCCAGGCCAACUUCGUUCACAGUCGGCGGGAGUCCUUCCUGUACCGCUCAGACAGUGACUACGAUCUCUCACCGAAAUCCAUGUCCAGGAACUCCUCCAUUGCCAGUGACAUGAUUAAUUAUCAUCAGAGACCUGGUUUGGUUUCUCGGAGAUCAGAGCCAGUUCUUUCUGGAAAUCAUGGAGACGACCUGAUUGUAACACCCUUUGCACAGGUGCUGGCUAGUUUGAGAACUGUACGGAAUAAUUUUGCUACAAUAACCAACUUACCAGACCGAGCCUCAAACAAGCGAUCGCCCAUGUGUAACCAGCCGUCCAUCAACAAGACCUCCUUUACAGAGGAGGCCUACCAGAAACUGGCCGCUGAGACCUUGGAGGAGCUGGACUGGUGUUUGGACCAGCUGGACACACUACAAACCAGGCAUUCCGUCAGUGAGAUGGCCUCCAAUAAGUUCAAAAGAAUGCUUAACCGGGAACUUACCCACCUGUCUGAAAUGAGCAGAUCUGGCAACCAGGUCUCGGAGUUCAUAUCAAGCACAUUUUUAGAAAAACAACAUGAGGUGGACAUGCCUUCUCCAGCACAGAAGGAGAAAGACAAGAAAAAGAAGCCGAUGUCUCAGAUCAGCGGGGUGAAGAAACUAAUGCACAGCACCAGUUUAACAAACUCAAAUAUUCCACGGUUUGGGGUCAAAACAGAAAUGGAAGAUUCACUGGCAGCUGAGUUAGAAGACAUCAAUAAAUGGGGCCUUAAUGCAUUCAAAGUUGCAGAAUUUUCGGGAAACAGGCCUUUAACAGUCAUGAUGCACACAAUUUUCCAGGAACGGGAUUUGUUAAAAACCUUCAAAAUUCCUCUAGACACCUUUAUCACCUACUUGAUGACUUUAGAAGAUCAUUACCAUGCAGAUGUCGCGUAUCACAACAACAUCCACGCUGCUGAUGUUGCUCAGUCAACUCACGUGCUGCUGUCUACCCCUGCUCUAGAGGCUGUGUUCACCGAUCUAGAAAUUCUUGCUGCCAUUUUUGCCAGUGCUAUUCAUGAUGUAGAUCACCCAGGAGUAUCCAACCAGUUCCUUAUUAGCACCAACUCUGAGCUUGCCUUGAUGUACAAUGACUCAUCGGUGCUGGAGAAUCAUCAUUUGGCCGUGGGCUUCAAGCUGCUGCAGGAUGAAAACUGUGACAUUUUCCAGAAUCUGACCAAAAAACAGAGACAAUCACUGAGGAAAAUGGUCAUUGACAUUGUUCUUGCAACAGAUAUGUCCAAACACAUGAAUUUGUUGGCAGACUUGAAAACUAUGGUUGAAACCAAAAAAGUUACCAGCUCUGGAGUUCUCCUUUUAGACAAUUACUCAGAUAGGAUACAGGUUCUACAAAACAUGGUCCACUGCGCAGAUUUAAGUAAUCCUACCAAGCCGCUCCAGGUGUACCGGGAAUGGACAAACAGAAUCAUGGAGGAGUUUUUUAGUCAAGGAGACCGGGAGAGGGAGAGAGGCAUGGAGAUCAGCCCCAUGUGUGACAAGCACAACGCAUCAGUCGAAAAAUCACAGGUGGGGUUCAUAGACUACAUUGUCCAUCCUCUCUGGGAAACAUGGGCAGACCUGGUCCACCCGGAUGCACAAGACAUCUUAGACACACUAGAGGACAAUCGCGAGUGGUACCAGAGCACAAUCCCGCAGAGCCCCUCCCCAGCACCGGGUGAGCAGGAAGACGGCCGGCAGGGGCAGGCUGAUAAAUUCCAAUUUGAACUGACGCUGGAGGAGGACGGUGAGUCGGACACAGAGAAGGACAGCGGCAGCCAAGCUGAAGAGGAAGAGGAGGAGGAGGAGGAAGAGGAAGAGGAGAACAGCUGUAGUGACUCUAAAACCCUUUGCACUCAGGACUCUGAGUCCACGGAAAUCCCACUAGAUGAACAGGUGGGCGAGGAAGAGGAGGAGGAGGAAGAGGUCUCUGCAGAACCCUGCAUCGUAGAGGAGGAAGAACAGCCUGCCGACACAUAACAAUGCAGACAGCAUUAGAUAUAUAAAUAAAUAAAUAAUAAUAAUAAUAAUAAUAAUAAUAAUAAUAAUAAUAAUAAUAAUAAUAAUAAUAAUAAUAGUUCCAAAGCGCACAUGUUGCACAUCACAUCCUUGUCCACGCCUCACUCCCACUGGGCUGGACAGAGUAGAUCAGAGUCUGCUGGUAGUUCUAUAACUUUGCACUCAGGAAUAUUGUGUCAGAAUUUCAAGCUUAUUGGAGCAACACGUCAGUUGAUGACAUUCAACUCAUGGGUUCAAACGUUUUGAGGCUGGAGUGGGUUAUUUUAUUCUAGCAAACAGAAAGUAUUCCAGAAUAAUUGCAGUGGAUUAUAACUUGCCUGAAAAAGAAAGAAAAGAAUGAAAGGCUUUGUUUUUGUGUAACUGGAGAAAUGUGUACAACACUAGUCUGGAUGACAUCUCACCAGGACUCUUUCAUGGAAGAAAUAACAAGACAAUGCGAAAUGUGCAGAGUUGGGGGAAAAUAGCAACUUACCAACAAAAUACCACGAGGAAUAUGUUGUGUGGAUUAAACGAGACAGUUUUCUAAAUUUCAAGUCUUCCUUGAAAACAGACUGAAAAAAAAUGUUUUGACCUCUUGAGUUUUUGUAUUGUAUGUAAAAUGGAGAUAUUUUGUAGA